ACCCAGACUUGCACUCUUUGGUUUCCGGCUCAGUUCCGGCGACUACGCGCGGUCGGUUUACAGGAGACUAGCGCUGCACGUGGAGAGCUGCUUGGCUCUCGCGACUUCGCCCACCCGACCCGCAUGUUCGAAGAGCCGGAGUGGGCCGAGGAGGCCCCAGUAGCCACGGGCCUCGAACCUGUAGCUGCACGACCUCGGCCUGCCGCAGCCUCGCAAAUCAAGGGCUCCAAGCACCGUCAGCUCUUGGCCACGUUACGGGCCCUGGAGGCAGCAGCUCUUCCCCAGCAAUCUCCUAGCCUGCCUGGCAGUGACUCUGAGGAGGAGGUAGUGGAAAGGAAGAAGAAACACUCAAAAAAGGCCUCAUUUUCCAAUGUUUCUAUUGAAGUAGAGAAGAAGAGGAAGAAGAAAUGUCAGAAACAGGGCCCACCUGGCAGUGACUCUGAAGAAAAGGAAGUAAAAAGGAAGAAAAAGUGCCUCAAAGGGGUUUUUAAUGCCAGUGACUCUGCUGAAGAAGAGAAAAGGAAGAGGAAACACCAGAAACAGGUCCGCUCAAACCCUGCCCAGCACCUGGACAAUGAUGACCAAACAGGUCCCAAAGCUUGGAAGAGUAGAGAUACAAAUGACCUAUCCCAGCCAAGCUCUGGGACCACUUCUGCCAACCCCCCCCACAUCUUGAGUCGCAAGCAGUGGCGGAACCGACAAAAGAAUAAACGUAGUCAUAAGAAUAAGUUUCGGCCACCUCAGGCACCAGACCAGGCUCCAGCCACAGUCUCCACAGAGGAGACAGAGAUGCCUCCUGACCCCAGUCCACACACCCAUGAGGAUCGGGCGGGGGCUCUGCGAGCCCGCAUGGCACAACGGCUGGAUGGUGCUCGAUUUCGUUACCUCAACGAACAGCUAUACUCAGGGCCUAGCAGUGCUGCACAGCGUCUCUUCCAGGAAGACCCUGAGGCCUUUCUCCUCUACCAUCGCGGCUUCCAGAGCCAAGUCAAGAAGUGGCCACUGCAGCCAGUGGACCGCAUUGCCAGAGAUCUUCGCCAGCGGCCUGCGUCCCUGGUGGUAGCUGACUUUGGCUGCGGGGACUGCCGCCUGGCUUCAAGUAUCCGGAACCCUGUACACUGCUUUGACUUGGCCUCUCUGGACCCCAGGGUCACUGUGUGUGACAUGGCCCAGGUGCCUCUGGAGGAUGAGUCUGUGGAUGUGGCUGUGUUCUGCCUUUCACUGAUGGGAACCAACAUCAGGGACUUCCUAGAGGAGGCAAAUAGAGUGCUGAAGCCAGGGGGUCUUCUGAAAGUGGCUGAAGUCAGUAGCCGUUUUGAAGAUGUUCGGACUUUUCUGGGGGCUGUGACCAAACUGGGCUUCAAAGUCAUCUCCAAGGAUCUUACCAACAGCCACUUCUUCCUGUUUGACUUUGAAAAGACUGGGCCUCCUCGGGUCGGUCCCAAGGCUCAACUCACAGGCCUGAAACUUCAGCCAUGUCUCUACAAGCGCAGGUGACCUCUGGGGCCCCCUUGAAAGGGAGGCAAGUCUCGAACUCCAGGCUCAGAACUCUGAAGACUGUAUCCAGCCAGGCUCUGACCCAAGAACGGGUACAUCCCUUCCUCCAUCCAAAGAACGAAGUGUGAUGAAACCCCCUGGUUCAGCCCUGCUCUGUUGAAGGCUUCUUGGUUCCAAGAUCAUAAAGUCAUUUGGGCUAGCUAAAGAAUAAGGAGUUUAUUGUGAAAAUACAAGAGUGCUUGGGAAUUAGGGAUCCUCUAAAUGUCAUGGGAACUAGGUGGUUUGGAAUGCAAGGCAUCUCUGGGUUUGUCUCCUCUUUCCAUCUCUCAGGAGCUACGUGGACUUUCUGCCCUGGCAUCUCUGCUCUCUUCUGAUUUUCCAUCUGCUGAGGAAAUCUAAAGCCAGGGCUGAGUACAUAGGAGGUGCUUAAUAAACUGUAGCUAUGGCUGUGAUAUGUUGUAAGCCUUACUAUUUUCUAAAAAUCUUCCCUAGGUAGGGUUGGAGGUUGAAAAGUAAAGAAUGAAUUUGUUGAUUGAGGAAGACUCUGGGAGAGCUCAAGAUAGGGCUUUCAACAGGUUUUACUUCCCAGGGUAUUUAGGGAUUGCUGGUAAGAUUCUGAGCUGUGCUUGGAGGAAGAUGGUGAGGAACGUGGGUCUCUUCAUAAAUAACAACUGGUUGGUGCCAUGGUAGGGUGGGGGUUUGGGCUGUCCAUUGGCAGAAGGGUCUGUCUGUUGUUUCUGCCUUGCAGUAGGCCCAGAUAAGCAUGUCUUGGGAUGGCUAUGGGCAAGGAAGGCUGGCGCUGGAAUAAGAUGAACUGGGAUGGUAGACCCUUGGCCUCUCCCAGAGGGUAUUUGCUGUGGAUCCAGGUAUAAAGAUAUAGCCUCUUUAUCUGUUUCAAAGAGCAAAAACGGAGAGUGCCCAAUGGGACACAGCUUCUAGUGCUCUGAGCCAGUCGGUACCUCCAUUGAGAUGGAGACUCUGAGGAAGGCUGUCGGCCAGAGGACAUGUUUGGAGGCUAGGCUCUGAACCAUUCGACA